AGUACGUCAUUAAAUUCCUAAUUUUAUUGGCAAAAAACGCAUGUCACAAACCUAAUAAUCCUUCAAGUGAGCCUCUUUGAUCAACUUGGCAUGAAAUGCAAGGUAGGUGAGUGUGUGGAAGAGAGACGGGACAGAAUGGCCACACAUAGCCCGCAGAAUGUAGUGUGCAGGUAUGAGUUUGGCGAGGGGCUAAUUAUGGAUGGGUCCAGGCCAAUGAAAUGCAUGCAGGUGCUGUCUGCUCCGGCUUAUUGCUUGCCCAGACCCGUUGUUCAUUGCUAGUCGCCACGAUGCCCUUCACUCCGUGUUGUCAAAGCAUAUAAAAAAAAAUCAACUCAACAGCAGAGGCGGGGGAUGUCCCGGAAGGCGUGACAGUAGUCAUGUGGUUUGUCUUUUUUUAAAUAGGCACACACACUGGACAUAGCCCGGCCGAGUUGGGAACAAGACCAGCCACCGUUCACUCUUCUCGUCUUCCCCACUGGCUGUGAACGUGCUCUCUCUUUGACUUUGAAUACGGGUGAAUGCGCAGCGACCAAUGUCAGAACAUCAAGAUCGGUGAAAAAUAAUAAAGACCACGUAGAAGAGAGCUGCAGACAUGCAAGACCCGAAAAGUGAAGUCACGUACGCAAAGAUCUACGAAGAGCUGCUCAAGUCCGUCAAACACGGAACAGAUUUCUGUAAGGAGGUGACCGCCGUGUUCCAGAUCAGGGCUGACCUGGAACUCAACUAUGGCCGAACCCUGAAAAAGCUUGUGACUCGGCUAUGCAAAGUAUCUAGCAAGAUCGAGAAAGGCUCGGUGUUGAAUGCUUUGCUCGCAGUAUACCAAGAAAUGACUUCAACAUCUGAACUACACAUAAAUCUCGCCAAAGCCUUUCAAGAAGACUUUGUGAAAACCCUGCAAGUGGAAAUUGAUGAGGAGUGCAAGAGAAAGAAGCAGUUGGAGCAAACUGUCGACAAGGCAACAAAGAUCAUGACUGAAAACCGCAGCAACCAGCUCAAGCUGCAGAGAAAGCUUUACCAGUGCUCGCGGAACCACGAGAUGUUGUUAGUCACGUUCUCGGCAGGUUUCUCCAUUCGCAAUGACAAGGACAGCAGAAAGGUGGAAGCACGGAUGCAAAAGUCUAUGUCGGCCCUGGAGAAGGCAGACCAAGAGUACUAUGAGCAUAACAUCUUGGGGGCUCAGUACCGAUGCCAGUGGGAGAGGACCAUGGAGCAAAACUGUGAGGAACUGAAGGAACUGCAGAACAAGAGACUUCUGAGCCUGCAGGAGCUUCUCAACAAGUACAGCAUCCUCCUCACUGACCACACCAGCUCCAUCACCAAUAUCACAGGUAAAGUGCAGGAGUCGGUGGGUCGGAUCAGCGUGUACCAGGAUCUCCAGCCACUUCUCGAGGGGAUGUCCAACUGGGCUCACCACGAGAACACGGAGCUCAUGCUUGCAGACUACUACGAAGAAGUAGCCAGGAGUCACAUGGAUGAAGGGAGACUUGCAGACUCGUUGAACAACAAGAUCUCCCGCCUGAAUACAGAACUGCAGAAAACCAGGAAUGAAAACAACGCUUUAAGGAGACUCACUGGAACAUACGGUGAAACGUCUUCUUUCGCGCACACCAGAGCCCAAUUGGAAAGCAAACUGGGAGAGGGGCAGUUCAAGGUGCAUCUGCUUGAGCUGAAUCAGCACAAGCUGGAGUGUGUGCUCGCCGACCUGGAGACGCAUGAACGACCCCGUCACAUGCUCUCCGACCGUGUCAUCGCCUGGUCCGACAAGCAGGGCCUCAAGCAUGCCAUGAUCCGGAUGCCCAAGCUGAAGCUGGACGAGGGCUGCGCCCUGAGCAUACCCGAGGCAGAGACGGUGGAGGGCUGUGGCCUGCCAAACUGCCCGCUCGGCUCGAGGCACGGCACCCACGGGCAACACGCGGCCAGAACCAUGGCCCCCCCGGGCGUCGGCGUCCGACAAAUCCGGCCUACUUCCCUGCCGCACCGGCAAAACAACAACAACACACGCGGCAAGUGGCGGCGCAUCGCCAGCAUGAGGAACAGCCUCAUGCUGAGGAACGGUGAGCCCGCGGGAAGUGCUCAGCGGCCCAAUCACCGCAUCAAUGAGGGCAGCCCCGCCGCUCGGCACCUCGGAGCAAGGUCGGGAGCCGCAGCUCGGAGGGUUCCCGCCAGGAUUCCCCGGGCGCCCCAUCCGAGGGGCUCCGUAAUCGGGUGGUUCAACUCGGGGGAAGGACACGAGACACAAGAGCGGGUCGAUGGGGCCGAAAACUCCAGCAGUCCUUUUGCGGGAACGGAUGUUGGUGGGGAAUUGAGAGCCAUUCCGGGCAGUCUUCAAAGCGACAUCCACGCCCAACUGGAGGAGACAGAUGGAUCCAGCAUUGUUACAGUUGAAGGUUUGGGCAUGCAGGGAGCCGCUUCCCGCGAUGAGCAGCAAGCAGCAUUCGGAUCCACCAACACGACAGAUGGAGCGAACAGUGAACAAUUUGCAACAGGGACCAGGGCUCAUGCUGAUCUGAACUAUCGGGUAGAAGGUUCGCAGGCGAGCCUUUUAACCAACACCAUCGGGGCUGCGGCUUCUGACUUGUCAAUUGAUACCUACCAGGGUGAACCUUUACCAGUAAUUGGAAAAUGCCGAGUCCUUUACGAUCACAUUGCCAUCACGGAUGAAGAGCUGACCGUUAGGGAAGGUGAAAUUCUCAACAUCCACAGAAAGGACCCAGAUGGGUGGUGGUUUGGAGAGGUGAACGGACAAGAGGGACUAUUUCCAGCCCUGUACGUGCAGGAAAUCCCCUUGGUUGAUUGAUGCUUCACACAAGACAAUGAUGCUUUACACAAGACAAUGAUGCUUUUUGGCUCAACUUUAAAAGCACAGAGCAAUGAUCAACUGAAACUUUUGAACAGAAUGCCUUUCUGCUAACGCGCACCAACAUAUAAUAAUGUUUUUUUUGUAAAGGUUGCAUAACAAUUGUUCAUUUAAAGUUAAUUAAAUACUACAGGCUAUCCAUAAACACGUCAUCCAUUCUUAAUAAGUGGCAAGCAGACAUUGACUUUGGCAUUUAGAUCCUGAACAUAUUUCCAUAAACCUAUACACACUCGGUUGUUGGAAGAAUUUGUCAUACGAGUCUCACCCCUCUAAAGCUCCACAUGUCCGCCAUGACGUUGGGGACUCGCAUCGUACCGAUAUUCGAGAGUCUUAGUUGUUCAGGUACAGCCAUGCAGUGUUCCCUGUGUAGUAAUUGAUUCCAAUGCUUAUUUUAGGUUAUGCUAACGAAGAAAAAAAAUACAUCAAUAAGCUUAUUUGCUGCCAACAGUUCAACUACACAAUGAACACUGCUGUUUAUAAUUUUAAUGAAUGGACGAUACUUUUUAUUGACACCCUGUAUAUAUCAACCUUGAGUUUAACGCGUAACAAUAUUUUAAGUGGAAAAAAUUGCACAAUACACACUUUCUAUUAUUUUGCGUAUUGAUUUAUAUCAGGCAUGAGGUAUUGUAAAUGUAUUUGUAUCAACUGCCAGGUAUUUUUUUUUUAUUUCAGCGUGAAUCUACAUAUUAAUGCUUGGUGAUGUUUCUAUUGAGAAAAGAUACACUUAAUGAUGUAAUGCCAUAUCCGUUUAAGGUACAGCGUCUGUCACCUGUUUUCUUUUUUGUGCUUGAAACGAUCUAAUUUAUUUCAUAGCUUUAUGUACCGGAAGUUUUUAAGUGACUGGCAAAAGUGCGGUUCACACAAAUACGAAGAUCAAUCAUGCACAUUGAUUUUGCAGAGGACCUCUGAGUAAACCUGAGGCCAUACUUAGGUUGUAAAUACAUUUCAAAUCGAGUACUGUAUAGUUUUUCCUAUACAGUACUCGAUUUGAAAUGCACACACAGUUAUUUGUCAGCAGGGCAGUAUACUAUGCUGUUUAUUAAUUCAACUUGUGAUCCAUUUUACAGAAACACUUGAUUAUAAAAAUAUACACAUUUUCUUGACGUUAAUUCGCACAAUCACGCAAAUCAUCCUUUGCCUGUUUAUAUUUGGUUUAAUUCUGUUUGUGUUGGCUGAUAAUGCAUGACUUUCAACGAUGUGUUUUACACAUUUCACUGUAUUAUAAUAACACUGAUUAAGCUUCCAUUGCGCCAUGCCUAUGUUAUUUGUAUUCAUACAUUUGAGUCUGAAAAAAAUAUAUGAAUGUGUUCAAAUAGCUUCAUAAUCCUUUGUAGAAGGGUAAUUGAUUUCAUUGUAAGCGCUGUUUAUGUGACCCUACAUAAUUUAAUCAGUAGUCCGUCAACCCACGUGGUUUAUUGGAUUUGUGGAAGGUCCAGCAAAGCAAUUUUCCAUCUUCUAUUCAAGGCAAGCUUCAGGCAGUGCCAAGUUCUGACAGUUCAUUUCAUCCUGAGGCCAAAAAUCAAAUUGUGUUCCUAUUCAUUCUGAAGGAUAAACUAUAUACGUAUACAUGUAUGCAUUUUUUUCCGUUUUAACAAUUGCAAAAAUAACAUUGUUUAAAUGUCAGACUCUUCAUUUAUCCUGGAGAAAUCCGAUGAACUAUGAAGCUCUUUUUCACAGAUGUCCAGUAGUUUCAAAUAUGUCCAGUAGGCUCUUGAAACCAAUACAAGGGAUUUAAAUUGUCCAAAAUAUCACGGCUGACACUUUUGUCUACUGGUCGGUCAACCCACAGCCGUGCCAGAGGGAAAGACGAAAUGGUAUAGAAGUUAGGAAUAAUCACACAAAAGCAAAUUACAGCACCGCACUUCAAUUUUCGAAAUUAUUUAUUUGGAUGUUUUUUUAAUGUACAGAAGUCUAAUUAUUGUUAAUUUUGACGUAAAAAUCCACACAGCUGCUGAAUUAGAAAAAUCCACCGUGCACAUAUAGAGAGCCAUGAAAAACAAUACAAUAAAGUGUUAAAUCCAUACAUAUUUUGCGUAAAAUGCCAAUAUACAUGAGGGUGUACCUGUCAAGUGAGAUGAAAACCAACGUUUGGUCAAGAAGCAGAAAGCACGCCCAUACCUGUAGGUACGUUUCAUUGAGGCUCUGCAUUGUUUCGACUGGAUUAUACAUGAUAGUACAACUUUUAUGUCGUCAUGUCUUUUGAUAUUGUUGGCCAGUUGUCCCCCAAAUUAUCUAUGUAAAAAGUGAAAUGUCUACACAACACACAAAUGUUGAAUUGUGAACUUCAGAGGACGCUUGUUGAACAGUCAUCAUGCAGUCAGAAAGGCAUCUCCAAGGUGUCUCUAAAUCUGUUUUAUCUGUGGGCAUUUAUGCCUCUUUUCCAUUUCAAUAGUGCAUAUUUUCCAAGCAGGAUGGAAUAAAUGUGCAUAUUUGUCGGCCGUAUGGUGGAAAAGGGAGAGUACUUUAUUGGGCUACACAGAUAUUAUUUGGUGUCAUAAAUUCGGUUCUUGCUGUACACUGUACGAGCAUUAAUUUAAUGUUAUUAAAAAAGCACUGAUUUUAACCGUUGUGUUCAAAUUCAACUGUCGGUUACUUCCUAAGUGAUUUCAUCAACGAGCGUCGAUGUGUUAAUGUCUGUGCCAUCGUUUUACUUGUAAUAGUGUGCAGAAUAGCUUACAUUAUUUAUGGCUGGUGCUAUUCUCUGAACAUUUUAGUUGUUUUCACUCAAAAACAAAUAGUGUAAUGCACAUUUGUUGAACUUGAUUCUGUGCAAUAACAUGUUUCAUCAUUUUAUGCAGAUUUUUUUAAGGAAGAUACAAUCCAAGAAACAUAUUUUGUCUUAUAGAUCAGUGGUUCUCAACCUGUGGUCCACGGUCAACAGUCCACCAGGCCGUGGGAAGUGGUCUGCAGAACUGUUGCAAAUACUACGAUAUUUUACAUAAAACACCAUAUUUUUUACUGCCUAUUGCACAACUAAUAAAAAGAAAGUUAAUCA